GCUUCAUUCGGUUUCUGAUGCCUCAUUGAAUACACCAACACGAGUUUGUCCUUGAUGGUACUCGUCCCAGGCAAGGAAAGCAGAACGGAGAAUGAAGUCUUCUGCAGCUAUCAAACCGUGUGUUGCUCUUCUCGUUGCCGCCGAUUUUACCAAGAGCGGCUGAGUUGCUUUGUGUUCUGCUCUGCCGCGCGUAUCGGGUGCUGAGCACUCUCUGCGAUGGGGGAGGUGACCGAAAGCCCCUGGCAGUGUACCUGAGCGUUGAACGCCCCCGGGGCCGGCGCAGCCCCCGCGCCCCGAGGAGCGCGGCCAUCAGCCGGCUGCGGUGGCGUCGUGGCGCCUCCGGGUGCCGCUGUUGGCCGACGCGGAGUGGCGCUGGAGCCACAGCCGCAGCCGCAGCCGCCGCAGCGUCCUGCCCCCACGGGCUGCUGGCUCGCACGGAGCCGGCCAGAGCGGCAGCGGCACGGGCAGCAGCGGCGAGAGGCGGCGCGGGGAGCAGCAGCGUCCGAGCCGGCGCCGAGAUCGCUGUCCUCCGGCGGCCCCCGCGCUCGUGGCGGAGCGGGGCUGCAAGGGAGGGAGGGCAGCGGCAGGAGGGAGGAGCGCGGCGAGCGCUGGCGAGAAUGGCGGGCAGGCCGGGGCCGAGCCGGCGGCCAGCGGCCGGGCGAGCGCUGCUGCCCGCCGUGCUGCUGUGCUUGUGCUGCCGGGCGGCGCCGGAGCGGAUCCGCUACGCCAUCCCCGAGGAGCUGGACAGAGGCUCGCUGGUGGGGCCGCUGGCGCGGGACCUGGGGCUGAGCCCGGCCGAGCUGCCGGCACGCAAGCUGCGGGUGGCGUCUGCCGCUAAGAGGCAGCUGAGAUACUUCAGCGUGAGCGAGGAGAACGGGAACUUGUACGUGAGCGAGAGGCUGGACCGGGAGCAGAUGUGCGGCGAGUCGCCGUCCUGCGCCGUCAGCUUCGAGGCGCUGGUGCAGAACCCGCUCAACGUCUUCCACGUCGACGUCGCCAUCCACGACGUCAACGACAACGCGCCGGCCUUCAGCAAGGCUGCUCUCCACCUCGACAUCGUAGAGCUGACGCUUCCCGGCGCUCGUUUUCCGCUGGAGAUGGCCCGAGACGCGGACGUGGGCAGCAACUCGCAGCUGACUUACCAGCUCAGCAGCAACCCGUCCUUCAGCCUGGCCGUCAAGGAGAGCCCGGAUGGAAGCAAGCAGCCGGAGUUAGUGCUGGAGCGCGCGUUGGACCGUGAGAAGCAGAGCUCCUUCGAGCUGGUGCUGACGGCGGUGGAUGGCGGAGACCCCGCCAGGUCCGGGACCGUGCAGGUUCGCGUCAACGUGACGGACGCCAACGACAACCCGCCCGUGUUCAGUAAAAGCGUCUACGAGGCGCGAGUGCGGGAGAAUCUGCCGCCGGGGUCGCCGGUGCUGCGGGUGCAGGCCACGGAUGCGGACGCGGGCUCCAACGCGCGGGUCUCCUACUCCUUCGGCAACGUCCCCGACGGCGUCCGCGCGUUGUUCAGCGUGGACAGCGAGAGCGGCGAGGUCAGGACGGCGGGUCCCCUCGAUUUCGAGGAGAGGAGUAAAUACAGCUUCGGCCUGGAGGCGAGGGACGGCGGCGGGCUGACGGCGCACUGCAGGGUGCAGCUAGAGGUCACCGAUGAGAACGACAACGCGCCCGAAAUCACGGUGCUGUCGGUGUCGAGCCCGGUGCCCGAGGACGCGCCGGCCGGCACGGUGGUGGCCCUGCUGAACGUGAACGACGCGGACUCCGGGGAGAACGGUCAGGUGUCGUGCGAGCUGUCGGGCGAGGCGCCGCUGUCGAUCGUGGCGUCGUCGGGCGGCUCAUACAAGGUGGUGACGGCGAGCGCGCUGGACCGGGAGCAGGCGGCCGAGCACCGGGUGACGGUGGUGGCCAGGGACGGCGGCAGCCCGGCGCUGUCCAGCCGCACGGCGCUGGUGCUGGAGGUGUCGGACGUGAACGACAACGCGCCGGUGUUCGAGGAGGCCGCCUACAGCGCCUACGUGGCGGAGAACAACGCGGCGGGCGCGCCGGUGCUGCGCGUGCGCGCGCGGGACGCGGACGCGGGCGCCAACGGGCGCGUGAGCUACUGGCUGGCGGGCGGCAGCGCGGGCGCGGCGCCGUACGUGUCGGUGGAGGCGCGGAGCGGCGCGGUGUACGCGCAGCGCUCCUUCGACUACGAGCAGUGCCGCGAGUUCGCGGUGGCGGUGCGGGCGCAGGACGGCGGGGCGCCGGCGCGGAGCUCCACGGCGACGGUGCGCGUCUUCGUGCUGGACCGCAACGACAACGCGCCGCGCGUGCUGUGGCCGGCGGCGGGCGCGGGGGCGGGGGCGGCGGCGGGCGCGGGGCCGUUCGAGGUGGUGCCGCGCUCGGCCGAGGCCGGGUACCUGGUGGCCAAGGUGGUGGCGGUGGACGCGGACGCGGGGCGCAACGCGUGGCUGUCGUACGAGCUGGUGCAGGCGCCGGAGCCGGCGCUGUUCCGCGUGGGGCUGCACAGCGGCGAGGUGCGCACGGCGCGGGCCGUGUCGGAGAGGGACGCGGCCAAGCAGCGGCUGGUGGCCGUGGUGAAGGACCACGGGCAGCCGGCGCUGUCGGCCACGGCCACGCUGCACGUGGUGCUGGCCGAGAGCUUGCAGGAGGCGCUGCCGGAGCUGAGCGAGCGGGCGGCGGGCGCCGACGCGCCGGCGGAGCUGCAGUUCUACCUGGUGCUGGCGCUGGCGCUGCUGUCCGCGCUGUUCCUGCUGAGCGUGGCGCUGGCCGUGGUGGCGCGGGUGCGCGGCGCCGGGCCGCCCGCCGUCCUGCGCUGCCUGGGCGCGCAGCGCUUCUCCGUGGCCGGCGCCGCCUUCCCGGCCGACUUCUGCGAGGGCACCUUGCCCUACUCCUACAACCUGUGCGUGGCGCCGGGCCGCGCCGUCGCCGAGGGCGCUUGGCUGCCGCCGCCGCUGCCCAGCCUGCCCGCGGAGGAGCUGCUCGGCGGGGAGCCCUGCGGGAAGCCGAGCCCGAGCAGCAGCGCCGGCGCGGGAGAGCCGCCCGCGGACGCCGACGCACCGCAGGUCGGUAAGCCCGCGCGCUCGCGCUCCUCCCCUCGAGCCUUUCCGAGCCGCCGACCGCUCUUCCCCGGGGCUUCCCGCGGGGGCGGUGCAGGUGCAGCGCUGAGCCGUGUCCCCGCCAGGGAACGGAGGCACGCACGGGCUCUCCGCCUGCCCCUUGAUGCUCUUUCCCACAGGAAGGUGCGCGUGGCGCCGUGA